AUGUUCGAGGCUAGUGUGGACUCGGGACAAGCUUCACAUAACACAGAGGAACAACUUGAGCAAAGCAUCGGCGAGUUAGUCAGUGUUGACGGUGGUUAUGGCUGGGUCUGUGCAUUGGCCAUUUUUCUGAUCAACGCCCACACAUGGGGUGUUAGUACUUCCUACAGCAUCUUCUUGACUCAUUAUGUUGAGACUGAUUCGCUGGUUGGUGCAACCACGCUGAAUUAUGCCUUCAUUGGGGGUCUUCAGUAUUCGCAGGCCUUCAUGAUCGCACCUGUCGCGCUAAGGCUUAUGGCUCUAUGUGGCAUGAGGACAUGUUUGCUCACAGGUGUCAUCGUUCAAACUGGCUCGCUGAUCGGUGCAUCAUUCGCAACUCACAUUUGGCAUCUUUAUCUGAGUCAGGGCAUCGGCUUUGGAUGGGGAGUCGGUCUCUUUCUAAUCGGCACGCAAAACAACAUCUCUCAAUGGUUCAGUCAUCGCCGAAGCUUGGCCGCUGGCCUGGCUGCAGCAGGCACUGGUGCUGGGGGGCUUUUGUAUUCCUUCGUUGCCAGUUUUAUGAUUCAGAGCACCAGCAUUGGCUGGGCCCUCCGAGUCUUAGCUAUCGUUUCUGGUACGGUGAACUUUAUCUGCUCUAUCCUGAUACGCGACCACAACAAUCAAGUCCAUGCAGUGUACGAAGCCUGGAACCUGAAGUUUCUUCGCAACCCUUUUUACUUAGUCCUUCUGGUCUUCGCUUGGACCAGCAUGUUGGGCGAGAUCAUUAUUUUGACUCAAAUUCCUAACUUUGGUAGCCUGAAACUCGGACUUAAUGGUACACAAGCCUCGGUGAUUGGAGCCAUGAUUGCGGUCGGACAGAUUCUUGGUCGUAUCUGCAUUGGUUUCCUCAGUGAUAAGCUCGGACGUCUGAACGUUGCUUCCUUGGUAACGUUCCUCGCGGGCCUGUGGUCUGUUGUCGUUUGGCCUCAGGCGCAUUCAUACGGGGUUCUAAUUUUCUUCAGUAUUUGCAUCGGUGCUUUUGCGGGCUCGUUCUGGGCAAUUGUUGGGCCUGUCAGCACCGAGGUUAUGGGUCUUCAAGACUUGCCAACCAGUCUCUCAAUGCUUUUCCUUGCUCUAGUCAUACCCACAACCUUCUCCCCUGUGAUUGGGAUGCAGAUUGUUACAUCCAACGACGGGUCGUACCUGGGAACCCAACUGUUUGCUGGCUUGAUGUUCAUUGUCUCUUCAAUCUUCUGCUGGAUCAUUCGUUCGUGGAAAGCACAGAUUAUCAACAAAAUGAAGUCCGCCGGAGAUAUACAGUAUUCAGUGGGCAUUGAUUCAAUGCGCACGGGACGGCAAAAGGCAUUCUUUGGAAACUCUGAUAACUUUUCUUCUAGCUUUUUAUCUGCUUUCUUUUCAGCGACCAAGGCAUGA